AUGCCGUUGCACCAGGACGCCGGCGAGGUGGAAGCGGGGAUCUCUACGCCCGCGGAAGAGUAUAAUUCGCAUCUGGAUCGUUUCUCUGGACUUGGGAGCUACUUUGAUCUCGCCCGGGACCCUGCAUCAAGUAACAAGCCAUCUGCUGGAAAGCAAAAGAUGGCCUUUGAAGAGACGGUUCGCUCUAUAUCUUCUCACCUGCCGUCCAACAUGUCCCGGCGCAGGGCGAGAAGCCAAAUUGCUUCUCCUAUUGUCGAUUUCGAUGUUGCUACUGCAGAGAAGCCGUACAGAAAGCGUCAGAGCAGUCAACCAGUACGGAGUCCCAAGUGCUACUACAUCAUCAAUCCUAGAGUCCCUGGCUUGGCUUGGUACUUGACCAAGGGAAAGGGCGAUUCGAAUUCAUCAGAAUAUGAAGUUGAAAAAGUACCAGCUCACCUGGUUCACAUCAGGAAGAAUCAAGUCGGGUAUCUUGUUGAAACAGCUAAUGGAGACGACGUGACCGUCGACGCUGGACGUCGACCGGUAUCUUGGACCCCAAGAUACCAAAAUGGCUGGUCUACUGCAGCAGAGCCUAUCCAAGAAAAAGCGACCAGCGACUCAAACACAAAAUCCAAUAAGAGAGUUAAUCGAUUUGACAGAGACGACGCUGAAGAAGAACCACCCAGUGACGAGUCAAGCGUCGUUGUGAACCGUCGCGAUAUUCCACUCAUAACCAAGAGCAUUAUACGCCACUUACACGCGGUCCGGCCACAAGAACGCUUUUAUACUACAAGCAACAGUGAAGAAGAGGACGAGGCUUCAUCCUCUCAACAACGAGAUCUCGAGAGCAUCGUCGAGGCUGCCCUUUUUGAAUAUAUGAGACCAGCGCAACACAAUGAUAAAACUAGGAAGCACGAUGAUGAAAAUACCUCCGAGAACAAAAUGCCUGUCCAAAUCAAGCUAGAAAGCGAAGCUCAACGUAUAAAUCCUCGACCAUCUAUAGCUGCAGAUCCGACCAUUACCCUGAGCGUACCUGAGACAUCAUUCACAAUCCCGGAUGCUGAUCGCAAACAUAAUGUACUCAGAAAAGACUCGAAGCAAGGAGCAUCGACGACAACGGCAUUACUUUCACCACAAAGAAGUACUGCCAUCACCUGGACAAAGGAUAGCGAGCAUUUAGAGGAACCGACCAAGCCUCCUACAACAGAUAAUCCUUCAGAUGAGAAUUCUGGGAAUACUGCUGACGCACCUCGUGCCUCAUCCUGUCCUAGCCCCAUUCAACACCAGGACUCAGAUGUCUCGCAAACCUCUGUUGGAGCCUCCAGCAUCGCAUCGUCCAUGACCUCGUUUCCGAAACUACUCUCACGCCAUUGCACUCGGGAAUGGAUCAAGCCCCUUGCUAGUUUGGAAGAUCGUCACCAUAGGCCAUCAUCUGAAUUAUACUACCAAGGAAAUGAAUCUCAGGCUGGUCAACCUUCCCACGCGCCGUAUAAUGAGAGCUCAUUAUCAAAUUCUUGGACUGCUGAUGAUUUCCAAUCUCGCAAUGCCUCUGGCUAUUUCUCCAAUGAAGUCCAGAACGCCCGGCGUUCAACCAUGUCCCACUCUUCACUUAAGAGCAUGAAAGGCUUCGGGAGUCAAAUUGGCGCAGCGCGGCAUCGCCGUCGGAGUACGACAUCCUUUGAUCCCAGCGCUCCAGCUUUGCAAGACAACUUUCUGCCAAACAUUCUAAGCAGAUUCUUCCUCAACAAAAGUAAAGAGACGCCUGGAAGCCCCGAUUCUAAAGAAACGCUGCACUCGGGAGCUUUGGCUCCUUACAAUUCGCCUAUUCACGGCCAUUAUUCCGCGAAUACCCCCAGGUCUGGAAAUGGAUCGUUCAUCGAACGAAGCCCAGCUUUGUCGGUGGAGGACAGAGCCAGGAUACAAGAAGUCCUUGUUGAAGGUCCCGCAGCAAUGCGCAGGCGCCGAUGCGAUACGUGUUCUGAGGAUAACAGGCCUCACGUUUGCGAAGAGGAUAUUGAAAAUAGAGUGAGGUGA